UGACUGAGCAACUCAGGCGGGGCCAGACCAACUGGGUGACUGGAGGGACAGGGCCUCGGGGACCACGUGACCGGCGAAGGUCACGUGACGCAGCCGGCUUCCCAAGAUGGCGGUGUGCGUGGCGGUGAUCGCCAAGGAGAAUUACCCUCUUUACAUCCGCAGUGUCCCCAUGGAGAACGAGCUGAAGUUCCACUACAUGGUGCACACGUCCCUGGAUGUGGUGGAUGAGAAGAUCUCUGCCAUGGGGAAGGCCCUGGUGGACCAGAGGGAGCUCUACCUGGGCCUGUUGUAUCCCACAGAGGAUUACAAGGUAUAUGGCUACGUGACCAACUCCAAAGUGAAGUUUGUCAUGGUGGUGGAUUCCUCCAACACAGCACUUCGAGACAAUGAGAUUCGCAGUAUGUUCCGGAAGCUGCACAACUCCUACACAGAUGUGAUGUGCAACCCCUUCUAUAACCCGGGGGACUGCAUUCAGUCCAGGGCCUUUGAUAGCAUGGUGACAUCUAUGAUGAUACAAGUCUGUUGAACAAGAACACUGCUGCCUAUUGAUUGAAGAUUUUUGUAUAUAACUGUAUUGUGUAUAUGUGUAUUUAUUAUCAUUUGCCUCGUCCCGAGUGUCAGAGAAUGCUGUAUGGGGGCAAGGCCUGGUGUGGUGCAUAUCAACUAAAGGUCUUGUGACAUCA